AGAAAAGAAGAGGAACCAAGAGUAGAAAGCUGACCCGGCAAUAAUACGACGCGUUACCCUAUCAUUUUUAUUAUGCUUUUCUUCCUGCUCUCCUAUCUUCUCUUCAAUUGCUCGUUUCUUCCUUCUACGAAAUUCUCUUCCGAUUUCAAGUUCUUCAAUCAGCUUUUGCCUCUUCGAUUUUUGCACUUUUAUGGGUAUCUUUUAAUCGACAAUCUUUGAUGAUUUAUUUUACAGAAUUCAAUCUGGUUAUGAUGUGGGGUAAUAGAGAUAGGUACCAAUCAUGAUUGAAUUUUUCCUAUACUUUGAAGAUUUUGCUUUGGAAUUAUUGUGGUAUUUUUUUGAUGCGCUUGAAAUGGUUACUGAUGAAUUGAUUGCUCUCUGUUUAGUAUUUGCUUCCUUUCUUGAAGAAUUCGUUCAUUUCUACUUUCUUAGAAUCAAAAUUCUUGCUUAAUUUGGAUUGAAAUUGAUGAAUCUUAUAGUUAAUGUUAAUUAAUGGGUUCUGUGGAGAAGGGAUUCGUUCAUUAUUGUUGUAUUGCUAAAGGGGGUAAGAUUUUACAAGCAUAUAGCGGAGGAGACCAUGAAAUCGAAACGUUGGCGGCUUUAUGUUUGGAAUUAGCCCCUCUAUACCAUAGAUGGUAUUCUCAAACAAUGGGUGGAAGAAAGUUUUUCUUUUUAAUGGAGGAUGGGUUCAUUUACUUUGCAAUUACACAUGAGGGAAUAGGUAAUUCUGCACUUUUUCGAUUUCUAGAUAAUGUUCGGAAUGAGUUUAAAAAGAUUACCAAGAAGGGUUCGAGUCGAAAAGGAACUGGUAGCAAUUCUGAUCAACUAGUUCCGGUCAUUCGCAAACUGAUUACCUCUUUACAAAAUGUGUCACAAACAGGAGAAAAUCUUAAUGGAAGUAAGUCGAAUUCGUCAUCGGCCCCUUGUGAUGCAUACUAUGGAGGGGUGGUAGAAGGUGCAACUUCUACCAAAGCACCAUUGUUAGGUAAUAAGGGUUUGAAACAGGAGAAGAGGGGCAAGGAUCAUCAUAUAAUUGGUAUUCGAGGCAUCGAGCUGGAGGAAAAUCAUAGGUCUACUGAUGGUGGGUCGAGGAGUGUUUUGGAGUCUAGCAAUGCUGGUGGUGUAUCUCCUUUGGCAUUGCAUAAGGAUUCAAUGAGAACAAGAUCACAAACCAUACGAAGAAAAUGGUGUCGAUUAGUAUGGUUAGUUGUUGUUACUGAUGCUGCUAUAUGCAUUGUAUUGUUCCUUGUUUGGCUGCUGUUGUGUGCAGGUUUCGAAUGUGUUCGAACAUAGUUUCAAAUUAAGUGUUGUACGCGAUUUUUGGGUUAUCUACAUCGGUAUAGAUGUAUAGAUUAUGGUAUCGAGCCAAACAUGACAUUGAUAGUUCGACAUUCACACGAGCUGUGCCUGUGUCUGUCAUAGUAUUUAUAUGACACUGCAAUUUCUUCAUAUAUGAGCUUCGUGUUAUCGCUACUAUUUUUUGUUUGAUUCGCAGAGGAGCUUCGUUUGUGAUUGUUUUUUACCUUUCAGUGAGGAAUAUGAAAUUGUGAUGCUCACACGAAUCAUUUAUAAUAGUUUUGAGAUGAUAUUGUUUACUGUUGGGAUAAUGAAAUGCAUUAGAACGAGCUUCGUUACUCGUUAGAAUUCGAGUAAAAUAGACAGCAACACAUUUUACAGUCAUUCAUAUUGAAGAAAAAUGAGUGGUAUUGAGUCUUGCUUUGCUCACUCAUCAAGUGAUUUAGAUUGUGUUGGAUUCCUAGUCCUUUUGUUUAUAGUCCCUCCCUUAAUGUUCAAGUAAUUUAGAAAAAUGGAGUUAUUAGUACUGUUGGUGCAUAGUACUCCAUCUGUUUCUUUGAGUUUGCACUAUAAGUUGACACCCCAAGAUAUUCCAUUAAAGGGGUUUGUUCAAAGGAUUGGUAUUGUGUGUACAAGACUUGGACAACUCAGGUUCAGGAAGCUCACACAAUACAGAAUACCCACCAACUGAAUGUUUUUUGGUUCUUUGAAUUACCUAGACAUGGGACGGGUUGGGAUGGCCUUAGCACCAAACAGCCUGCGGCCAGCCAUGGCCGCCAAGCUACGGUUACCUAUUUUGAGAUUUGCUCGACACGACACGGGGUUCGUGGUACGGUCCACGGUUUGUAAUUUAUGGAGCAAAAAAAGAUAUUUGUAUUGUGGUCUGUGGCAUGACCUGCCAUCGCUCUCGUGCUUGUGUCGUGCAUUGGCGUUGCUUGAGGUGGCAUGGCACGGCGCGAACAGUUAAUGCCAGUCGUGGCAUGUGGCCUGCUCUAGAGUGGCACACGGCACGACAGGCACUAACACAACACGAAUUUCAUGUCUAAAUUCUAAAAGUACCUCAAGUUAAAAUUGAAAGAAAAAUUCAACUUAAGUUAUGGGUGUUCAAUAUCUUGUGUCAAUUAGAAACGUUUUUUAAGGAUUAGUUUAAGAUUUUAGUACAAAUGUAGAAAUUAAUUUUGAUUUGGAGUUAAAUUUCACUUUUCUAUUUUUUAAAGUACUUUUUAGACCAACAUAUUGAACUUGAUAUGCACCGUGGUCGAACCUUAUAUUUUG